GAGGCCUGACCAGAGCCUGCCAUGGCGAAUCCGACGGUCAUUGUUAUUCUCAUCGCCAUCACCGCCACAGCCGCCGCAGCAGCUGCACCUCCGGCUACCCAAUACACAAACCACACCGUCGGUGGGCCCACCGGCUGGUUCUUCAACGCCACCACCAACUCUUCCUUCGCCAAUUACUCCUCUUGGGCCGCCUCCCAGACCUUCAAUCUCGGCGAUUACCUCAUCUUCAACACAAGCACAAACCAGACGGUGAUUGAAACCUACAACGAAACGGCAUACCGUGGCUGCACGGCGGACGACGACUCGUUCGAGUACGGCGGCGGCAGCAAUGCGUUCGGGGAGGCCCAGACCAUCGCGGUACCGUUGACCCUCGAGGGUCCCGCCUACUACUUCUCCGGAGCCGGCGAUGGCGAGCAGUGCCAGCAGGGCAUGGCCUUCGCGAUCCAAGUCAACAAGGGGCUCGGGUUGCCGCCGAUCCUCAACCAACCUCCGCCUCCGCCGUACAGUGAGCCUCCGAGUGCUUCGACUCAGUCGCCGCCUAUGACCGUCGCCGGAGAUCAGACGCCGGGGAAUGGAGGAAUGAGAAGCGGUGCUAACAUGCGCGAGGGGUUAUUUGGGCUUCUUGCUUUGCUGCUGCUUCUUAGGCUGUGAGGAUAAGAUUUGUAUUUUGCUUCUUGUUGUAUGGUAGUUUUGUUAUUUCGAUUAUUAGGCGAGGGUAUUUGAAGAUAAUUUACAAGAACAUCCUUGAGGUUUAUUGUAGCACUCUCAAAAUAAGGUUUAGGAUUUGGAAAUUACGACAUGAAAGAUUUUGAUUAUGAUUGUGCGCUUUUCCUCAUACAGUACUGGGGAUGAGCAAGGUUCGGUUUGGUAAUCAAUGUAACAUCAUAGUUUAAAUUUGUUUGGUUUAAGUCUC